AUGGCCUACGGCAAGUCCUCGAGCACGGACCCGCGGGUUUUCAACGACUUGGGUGCUGAGUGGGAGAGGCUCAACCAGACGGCAGUGAUUCCCGUCAUCUCUCGAUCCACUUUGGAUUGCGAGCGCCCUGCUGAGCGACGUGAGCGGCUCAAUGCGACGGCAGCAAAGAAGGAGGAGCUGCGCCAACAGCGUGCCGCGCAAAAGGUGCAGGAUGUCUUGGCUGACCGCUUCCACCAAAGGCCUUUGGCGAGCUCUGACGCACCCGCUGCGCAGCCCGUGCCGAGCUGGCGUGAGGCACAGGACCCGACUCAGGAUCGCAGAGGCAGCUCCAGGCCAAGCUGGGCAGUACCCAAGCCUUCGCUGCGUAUGCCACGGUCAAUGGAGGUUCUCCCCAUCGGCCAGGGGCCUGGUGCUGCGCCAUGGACGGUACCUCGAGUGGUUCACAGACCGGCUGCGCCGGAGCCAGCGGCAGAGGCGGCCGAGGCGAAGGAGAAGGAGACGAAGGAGGCCGCUUCUGAAGAGCUGGCAAGGCCCAGGCCUCGGGCCAAGUUCGCCACCUGGACCCGGGAGGUGAGCGGUCGAGCCCUGGCCUCGUCAGCCAAGGCUCACGCUCGUGCAUCGGAUUCCGGGCCGGUGGACGACAAGCCCUCCACAUCAAGAGAGCGUUUCUCAGGAGAGGAGGUGAUCAAGUCCAUGGCAGGGCAGGCCGAGCUGGAAACCAUGCCUGAUCAGCUCCGGAGAGAUCGGGACACAGUGGUAGCCGCUGUUCGAAGUGAUGGCCACGCCCUGCAGCAUGCCAGUGAGGACCUCAGAGCCGAUCGGCACGUUGUCCUUGCGGCGGUGAAGGAGAAUGGAUUGGCAUUGCGACACGCCGCGCAGGUGCUUUGCAGCGACCAAGACCUCGUGCUUGCAGCGGUUCGUCAGAAUGGCUUGGCCCUGCAACACGCCGCCCCAGAGCUGCGCAGAAGCUCAGCACUCGUCCUCGAGGCCCUCGCUUCUGACCCCCAGGCUGCUCGGUUUGUGUCGCGGGAGCUCUUGGAUGAUCGCGACUUCGUGAUUUCGGCCACUCCCUUUACUCGACGCAUUUUCGAGAAGGCUUCCUUCCGGCUCAAGCGCGACCUGGACGUUGUCCUGGAGGUGGUAGAACAAGACCCAGACACGUUCCUCUUCGCAGCUUGGGAGCUGCGCUGCGACCCACAGGCCGUCAGGGCUGUUGUCAGUACAGCAGGCUGUGCCAUCGCGCAUGCCUCACCCGACCUCCGACGGGACCCCUCCAUCCUGGCCGUUGCCGUCGCCAAUGACCCCAUGGCGAGAGCGGCCGCGCAAAGUGGUUAG